CCAAUUCAAGGCACCAAACACGGGAGGCAAACAGGUUGUGUUGAUUGGCAGAAUUGAAAAAUCAACAAAUCAAAAGGAAGAAAGCAAAAUCAGAAGAGGAACGCGGAGAGUUACAGGAGAUGGCCACGCUUAAAACCUACCCAUCCUUUUCUGGGUCAUCUUGUUUUCCCCCGCACUGCAAGCUCACGCCCUUUUCAUCUCUGAAAUUCAGUGUACCCGAUUCUCGUUCUGGUGGGCUCAUCUAUAGUAAACCCAAUCCCUUGAGGAAUUCGUCUCUGCGCUCAAAUCUCGAGUUUCAAAAGGCUGCGCCUUUGGAAAUGGCAGAUAAGUGGGCUAACACGGCUCUUCUUGUCAUCGACAUGCAGAGAGACUUUAUAGAAGAUGGCCGCCCCGUGGUAGUUAAAGGAGGCAAAGCGAUAGUCCCCAAUGUCGUUAAGGCUGUCGAAGUUGCUAGGCAGCAUGGUAUGCUCAUAGUUUGGGUUGUACGUGAACACGAUCCCUUAGGAAGAGAUGUUGAACUCUUCCGACGGCAUUUAUAUGGAGCAGGGGUAGUCGGACCAGCUAUCAAGGGAAGUGAAGGUGCAGAAUUAGUUGAUGGCUUGGUAAUUAAAGAAGGGGAUUAUAAGUUGGUGAAGACUAGGUUUAGUGCAUUUUUUGCUACACAUCUUCAUUCAUUCCUUCAAGGAGCAGGGAUCAAUAGUCUAGUGGUCACUGGUGUUCAAACUCCAAAUUGCAUCAGGCAGACGGUAUAUGACGCUGUAGCAUUGGACUAUCAACCUGUAACUGUUAUUGUUGAUGCCACUGCUGCUGCCACACCUGAGAUCCAUCAUGCCAACCUAUUUGACAUGAAAAAUAUUGGAGUUGCAACCCCAACAUUACAAGAAUGGAGCAAUAUGUAUGAAGCUUGAUCUGUGUGGAGCAUGCAACUGUGGGAUAUCUCAGACGCUUAGGCUUUGAUGUCUUCAGUGUGACAAACAGUGAAGCCAAAUGAAACGCAUGCAUUGCUCAACCUAAUGCCAGUAGAAAAAGUAGCUUAUUUUCAAUUUGACUUUUAAAAAAGUGAGUUUGAGUAAAAGUUAAAUUGAGUAAAGUGAAUUGUGUUUUGGAUUGGAGUUUAAAAAAAUCAGUUUGUAGAAGUGAGAUUAGUAAAAAGUUAUUUAGAUUGUAAUUAA